GUUGCCGGAGGUUUGGAGAGAUGGCCCCACAGUCACUGUGGGUGGUGCCUUUCUUCGGAGCCAUUCAAAGGCAGCCUUUGACAUGAGACAGUUGCCCCUCUGCGUAACAAGCAAACGGGAUAUCAGGGAUAUCAUUGCAGGAUAAACAAAAGUCGUGAGUCAUGUUUAAAGGAGGACUUUCAUAAAUGUCAGGAUGCUCUUCAUUUAACAGGCACAGAGCCUGCGCCGAUUGAGUACUUCUGACCGUGGUUGUAACCGGCUGAAAUUAUGUUCCCACAUAUUUUUAUUUUGUGCGUAAUAUUAUUUGGCACUAUGCAUAUCGCGUCAUCUUUGGAGCUGCAGCUUGGCAUGCCAAAUGUUUGUGCUGACCAGGAGAUGUCCAUGGUAGGGAGCCGUCAACCUUGCGUCCAGGCUUUUACCCGCAUGGUGAAGGUGUGGAAGCAGGGAUGCACAAGCCACAAAUGGUGUAUGGGUGUUGAGAGGAGGACAACGUACUACACAGUUUACAGGCAAGUGUACAGAGUGGAUUUGCACACAGUCUACAGGUGCUGCCCUGGUUGGAUUCAGAAGGGUGAAGAGAGAGGUUGUCUGCACAGGGUUUGCAGUGCCAAUAUGUGCUUCAAUGGAGGGAGAUGUGCUGAGACUGGAGACCAAAUAUGUCAUUGUCCACUGGGCUUCAAAGGGACGCGAUGUCAAUAUGAUGUUAACGAAUGUGAAGUGGAUGAAGGCGGCUGUGAGGGGUACUGUUGCAACACCAUUGGCAGCUACUACUGCAAGUGCCCUGAAGGCAGUAGGUUGGGGCCAGAUGGCAAGGCCUGCAAUGAUGUAGAUGAAUGUGAGGAGCUCAAUGGAGGAUGCCAGCAGACAUGUGUCAACACACCGGGCUCCCAUCACUGUGAGUGCAGUGAAGGCUUCCGCAUGCACUCAGAUGGUCGAACUUGUAUCGCUGUGAAUUCCUGCUCUGUCUUGAAUGGUGGAUGUGAACACAAGUGUGUGGACACGGGGGACAAUCACUACAAAUGUGAGUGUCGGAAGAACUACCAGCUGAAGAGGGAUGGGAGACACUGUAAAUUGAGAGACCCCUGUGAGGAGAGGAAUGGAGGCUGCAGCCAGAUGUGUACUUCAGAAGAAGGCCAAGUUCACUGCAGCUGCCGACCUGGUUUUGCACUGGCUGGAGAUGCCAAGAACUGUGAAGACAUUGAUGAGUGCAGCUCUGGCCAUGCCAAGUGUUCCCAUGGUUGUGUCAACAUGUUGGGUUCCUUUAGCUGUGUGUGUCAUCCGGGUUUUGAACUCGGUGCUGAUGCUAAACAAUGCUACCGCAUUGAGAUGGAGAUUGUAAACAGCUGAUAAUAAUGAGUGUGUGAGUGAGGAGUCCUGCUGCAGCCACUUCUGUAAAAAUUAUCCAGGCGGCUAUGAAUGCAGCUGCUGGCCUGGUUACAGACUAAAUCCAGACGGUUGCAGCUGUGACGACAUUGACGAGUGUCUGGCAGAGAUCUCGGACUGUGAACAAUACUGCAUCAACACUGUGGGAGCGUACGAGUGCUUUUGUCAACAGGGCUUCCGUUUGAAUGAGGAUCGGCGCUCUUGCGUGUCUCUUUACGCCAGAGAGCUGGAAGAGGAAGAUGAAGAAGAGGAAGAUGAGGAAGUGCAGCUCGAGGCUGGCAGAUUACCGGACCUGCUGUUCCGCAACGCUCCUCAGCUCCUGCAGUACACGGCAGCCUUGCGCUCCCAUUACGGCAGCGAAGAUGAUGACGACGAUGAUGGUAGUCACCGUGGUGACAGUGAAAAAGUAUUAGAGAUCCUGAGAGAGCGCAGGGGAGAGCUCAGACUGGAAAGUCACAUAGUGUGUCUAGAUGACUCAUUUGGGGAGGACUGCAGUGUAAGCUGUGAAGACUGCGUGCAUGGAGCGUGCAACGUAAACAGAGACCGAUGCGAAUGUUCGCCUGGGUGGACGGGGGUCAUCUGCAAUGAGACUUGUCCACAGGGGAGCUACGGACAGGCCUGUAACAGCCUGUGUCGCUGUCAGAAUGGAGGCUCCUGUGACCCUGUGACUGGCAAGUGUUUGUGCCCCCCUGGGGUGCAAGGCUUGCUCUGCGAGGAUGGUUGCCCAAAGGGUUUUUUUGGGAGGCACUGCAGAAGAAAGUGCAACUGUCCCAACAGUGUGCACUGCCAUCGUCUCUAUGGAGGCUGCCUGUGCCCUCCAGGAUUAUAUGGGCGUUUUUGCCACCUGGCUUGUCCCAGGUGGACGCACGGAGCGGGCUGUUCCAAGGAGUGCGACUGUGUUCAAGAACAUUCCACCGCCUGUGACCCCAAAACGGGAAGCUGUUUCUGCAAGGCUGCGUAUCACGGCCCACGAUGUGAACAAGAAUGCGAUCCAGGCUUUUUCGGGCCCGGCUGUGAGAAGCCAUGUGACUGUCCAGGUGGAGGGUCAUGUGACCCCAAGACUGGAGAGUGCAGCCAGCAAUGUCCUGCAGGGCUUCACGGACAUAACUGUCAACUGGCCUGCCAAGCUGGAAGCUAUGGAGAGAACUGUCUUCUGACCUGUGAUUGCAGUGGAGCUCCUUGUGAUCCCAUAACUGGACAAUGCAUCUGUCCUGAUGGAAAGAUGGGACACUCGUGCCAGGAAGACUGCCCUGAUGGAUUCUGGGAGUCAAAGUGCCAGUCUUCUUGUCCUGAGUGUCAGAACAGAGGCUCGUGCAACAAGCAGACCGGUACAUGUGAGUGUGAGCCAGGAUUCAUGGGACAGCUCUGCCAAAACAAGUGUCCUGCUGGGUACCAUGGACCAGGCUGUCUAACACCUUGCUCUUGCCACCCUGAUGCCAGUUGUGACCCACAGACUGGGAAAUGCAUUUGCCCUCCUGGAAAAAGAGGCCACGAUUGUGCAACAUUAUGUGAUCCUGGUUUCUGGGGACAAGGGUGCACCAGUUCUUGUCAGUGCCACGAACAGUCUCUGGGCUGUGACCCAGUCAGUGGUCAGUGUGCGUGUGAGGCCGGCUACACAGGAGACCGAUGUGAAAAGAAGUGUAUGAAUGGCACUUAUGGUCGGGGCUGUGCCCAGCUGUGCCAGUGUGAGAAUGGAGCCCUCUGUGACCAUGUGAGUGGAGCCUGUACGUGCUCUCCUGGAUAUACGGGCACCUUCUGUGAGAAAAUGUGCCCGGACGGCUUUUACGGUCUUGACUGUGGCCAGAUGUGCGAGUGCAGGAACGGUGCCCGUUGCCACCACAUCACAGGAGCCUGCCUGUGCACCGCCGGCUGGGCAGGACCACACUGCAUUCUGGAAUGCCCAGAGGGUCAGUUUGGAGAGCAAUGCAGUCAGACCUGUGAGUGUCAGAACGGAGGUCAGUGUAACCAUGUGACUGGGAGAUGCAGCUGCACAGCUGGGUGGACCGGAGAUAGGUGCCAACUGCCCUGUCCUGCAGGACGAUAUGGAGGGCACUGUUCAAGUCAAUGUCUGUGUCAAAAUGGAGGGACUUGUAACAGGAUCAGUGGCCGGUGCUCCUGCCCACUGGGAUGGACUGGAGCAGCUUGCGAAUUGGAGUGUGAAGAAGGACGUUAUGGAAAGAACUGCACCGAGGUCUGCCGCUGUAUGAAUGGAAGGAGAUGCGACAGAGUGACAGGAAAAUGUGUGUGUCUCCAUGGUUGGACAGGAGACCUCUGCCAGUCAGCCUGUUCUAAGGGAUUCUUCGGGGAGGGUUGUGAGCAGAGGUGUGACUGUGCCCAUAGUUCGAGUUGCCACCAUGUGACAGGCCGCUGUGAGUGCGUGCCAGGCUGGAGAGGAGCCAGGUGUGACAAAUCCUGCCUCCCGGGGUUCUACGGUGCUUCCUGUGCCCAGCGGUGUCAGUGCCAGGCUGGAGUGUCCUGUCACCAUGAGACGGGGAGCUGUGGCUGCCCAGCUGGACUCACAGGGGCUGGCUGCGAGAAAACCUGCCCUGCUGGAGUGUUCGGACAAAACUGCACCAAGCUGUGCCAGUGUUCAGGAGACCAAGCGCAGUGCCAUCCGGUGACGGGGAAAUGUAGCUGCUUGCCCGGUUAUUAUGGGCCGCGAUGUGGGCUAAGAUGUAGAGCGGGGACUUUUGGGCCGAACUGCAAGUCCAGGUGCAGCUGCAUCAAUGGUGGUCGCUGUGACUUCAGGACUGGUUCCUGCUACUGUCCUCCUGGCUUCAUAGGCAGCGACUGCAGCUCAAGUUGUCCAAGUGGAUACUAUGGGAAAGACUGUGCUAAGAUGAGCACGUGUGGGGAAGUUGGACAGUGUCACCCAGUAACCGGGAGGUGUAUCUGUGGCCCUGGUAGGAUGGGAUUGUCCUGCGAGCAAGUGUGUCCCAGGGGGCGCUAUGGCAUGCAGUGCAGAAACGCUUGCAGCUGUCUGAACGGGGCUUUGUGUGACCCCAGUGAUGGGUCCUGUAAGUGUGGCCUCGGCUGGACUGGACCCCGCUGUGAGACAGCCUGUCCACAGGGAAAAUAUGGGCUUGAUUGUGCACAAGACUGUCCAUGCCUCAACAAUGGGACCUGCGACCGCUUCACUGGCAGCUGCAGCUGUACUGCAGGAUACUACGGCCACUCCUGUCAACACACGUGCCCAUCUGGGUUUUUUGGAGUGAAUUGCGCACACACCUGCGUUUGUAAGGUGCUGCAAGCGUGCGAUCCUGUGACAGGCAAAUGUGCGUGUCCACCGGGCUACCAUGGCUCACAGUGCCAAAGACGAUGUGAGGCUGGCAGCUUUGGACCGAACUGUGAAAGAUCAUGUGACUGUGCUGGCGAGGCCCCAUGUGACCCAUCGACAGGACGCUGUCUCUGUCCCCCAGGAAGAACGGGGCACAGAUGUGAAAAAACCUGUGACGAAGACCGUUUUGGCCCUGAGUGCUCCCUGCUGUGUCGCUGUUCUGACAGGGCCCGCUGUGAUAGGGUGAAUGGACGUUGCCUGUGCCCGCUCACCUGGCUUGGCCCUUCAUGUAGUGAAGCACCGCUCCACCAAACCCCGGGAGUGCUGAACUUCUCUGUGUCCCAAAGAAAGAGAAGAACAGGCAGCAAAACCACAUAACCCAAGCAGAGGUACAAACAUCUGACUGGGUGUUCAAACACAGGACUUGGCUCAGUGAAGCAUUACUCAGAUCAUCUCGGUAAAGGUAAUGCUGGUGUUAAUAUGUUCGCUCAAACUUGUAGUCGGCUGUCAGAAACUGGCACUCAAUCACCAAAUCCCAAGCUCGGGGGCGAUUAACUAGUGGACCUGGCAUGUGAGAGGCCUUCAAAGGAGCAUGAACUCAAACGUACCCAGUCAAUCUAAAAUUAAAAGUUCAGAGUUACACAAGCUUCUUAGCAAUACGCACACACACACACACACACACACACACACACACACACACACACACACACACACACACACACACACACACACACACACACAAACAAACAAAUACCUGAAUUACAUUUGUUACUGACACGAGAUUCUUUUCAUCCACUGCCACUUUUUUUAUGUGGGUGUCCAUAAAAGGCUUAAUGUUUAGUGUAAAAGAAUGCCAAGCAUAUAUCUAUGUAAAAAUAAAAAUGUAUGAAACAGAUUUAGAAAUACCGGGGCAGCUUGUUUACUUAUUUUAAAACACAAAAGAUGAACACACACAGAAAAAGUCAACGCGAGACACAAAAAUAUGGUCCAAAAGUGAAAAAAUAGAAUAUUUUAUGUGCACCAAAGUGGCCUGUUAAAUGCUGGAAAGAGUCUCACAGUGGUGCUUGCACUUUUCAGAUACAUUUUUUGCAUUUUAAUGUUAACGCUUUUCCCUCUGAAAAGAAUGAAGAUCAGAUAACCAGUUCAUUUGUGAAGAAGCUGGCUCUGGGACACAAUAAUGGCCCAAUAUUCGUCUCAACUCACUUUAAGGUUAAGUUUGGCUUGACCAAAUUUAAUUUCCCUGCAAUUCAAACACUCAAUUUAUUAGCGCUGACCACAGGUUUUCCUGGUGCAGUGCUGGUCACGAGUCAUUACAUUUAAACUUCUUUCAGAUUUGUGUUCGCCGAGUGAGCUGCUGACACAGAGGUGGGCAAUUUUACAAAAAACCCCCCAAAAAACAACAACAAAAGAAAAUGUUACUGCACUUUUCUCUGGACUUACAGUAGUAGAAACUCAUUUCCCCCUUUCACUACUGCACUACUUUUACAAGACAUUUUAUCUCGAUUGGUGUUCGUCUGUUUUUAUUUUUUGUAAAAAACUGUAUUUGUAUUAUAUCUCAGGUCGGUGCCAGUUGUAUCACUCGUAACCCUACUGUGCUCAUUUCCUGGCAUAUCAGUGGUGCUACAUUGUUUAAAAGAGAAGAUACAUUUGAUUUAUCAGCCAGUUAGUAUGUUUCAUUUUGUCAUCUGUGACAGUGCCGUGAACCAAAUAAAUAACAACAAACACAUCUGUGGACAUUUCCUUUAACUAACCAUCUAUUUUUUUUGUAAUGUGUGCUAUGAACGCAGCGUUGCAUGGUAUUGAUU